AUAAACUCCUUAUCUUAGAGAAACUUAACAAAAGAAGGCCAGAUAUAUACACAACAACAGAGAGUCAAAUAUGUCAAAAUAAAGUAAAAGAAAUACAAGCACAUCUGGCAUCAUGCAAAGAACAAACAAGUCUUUGGAAAAGAAUUCAAAAGCAGUUUGCAAGUACAGUAGUAAAAACAGCUUGUGACACUUUCUAUGAACAGAAGAAGGAUUCAAAUAAAAAAAAGAAGGCAAAUCAACAAGAGAUAAAAGAAAGAAAAAAGAAGACAAAAGAAAAGGAAAAUCGAAUUGAAAAAGAAGAUAGAAAGACAAUGUUAGAGCUUGUUGUGGAAG